AUGUCUCUAAUUCCAAGCAUUUUCGGAGGACGAAGAUCAAACGUUUUCGAUCCAUUCUCACUAGACGCAUGGGAUCCAUUGGAAGGAUUCUUCACGCCUUCUUCUGCCUUAGCAAACGCAUCCGCUCGUGACGUGGCAGCGUUUACAAGCGCAAGAGUGGACUGGAAGGAGACGCCGGAGGCACACGUGUUCAAAGCGGAUUUACCGGGGCUGAAGAAGGAAGAAGUGAAGGUUGAGGUUGAAGACAAGAACAUACUUCAGAUUAGCGGAGAGAGGAGCAAAGAGAACGAAGAGAAGAACGACAAGUGGCACCGUUUGGAGAGGGCUAGUGGGAAGUUCAUGAGGAGGUUUAGGUUGCCGGAGAAUGCUAAGAUGGAAGAAGUGAAGGCGACAAUGGAGAAUGGUGUGCUUACUGUUACGGUUCCAAAAGCGCCGGAGAAGAAGCCUGAAGUCAAGUCUAUUGAUAUCUCCGGCUAA